AUGUCCAGCACUAUGAUCGUGCUGCCUCGUCCUGGAACCAAGCCCAGCGCUGCGCUCCAACCUAUUCGAGCACCAUCCCAGGCCGAUUUUGUUGCAACCUUCGGCCAGCUGCUACCACAAGCGUCAUAUUUGCAAACACCGCACGGUAGAGCUGCCUAUUACGAGCUACCAGCCUCAUCUCCAGCAACCCCCGACACCUCCAACACAAUUUCACGCGUUCUCUUCGUUCACGGGAUUCAGACCUGCGCGAUCGGGCUACAACCAUUAGCAAGCGCACUAUCUUCUCGUUUCCCACACGCCCAAUGUGUCCUCGUUGACCAGUGGGGCCACGGGUUAACAGACACACCGGUCAUCCCACACGAACCCGCACUCUUCCAUGCACUCUUGGAAGCUCUGAUGGUACAUCUUGGGUGGAAAGAUGCCCAUUUUAUUGGGUAUUCGUUUGGCGGAGCAACGACAGCAACCUUUGCAGUCUCGCAUCCCGAGCGUGUCGCGUCUAUGGUUCUUGUCGCGCCUGCGGGUCUACUGCACACGAGCGACUUUAGUGAGGAGCAGAAUAGUUACAUUCGCGGUGGUGAGGGAUUGGAGGAGCGCGCGCGAGCCUGGGUUCUCGAGUUCCUAGAGGGAGGACAGUUAGUGGUUCCUGCGAAUUGGAAGGAGAGGGUUGCGAGGGGCGAAGUGGUUGCCGAGGCAGUCCGCGAGUGGGAAAUGAAGGAGCAUGAAGGUCACGCUGCAAGUGUGGUAGCUGUCUUUAGGGAUGGCGGGGUUUUCGAUAAAGAUCCUGAAUUUGCUAAAGCGGCAAAAAGUGGAAUUCCGAAUCUGAGUGUUUUGGGAGAGCUUGAUGAUGUGUGUAGUGUGGAAAAGCUUGAGAAUGUUGGCAUGCGGAAUAUUGCUGUGGUACCGCAGGUUGGACAUGGAGUUGUAAGGGAAAGGGUUCCUGAGGUUGCUGGACUAAUCGAGGAUUUCUGGAAAGGACUCUAG